UCUCUCUGUCCUCAGAACUCGCCAGCAUGUCCUUCGAGGACAUCGUGGCGCUGCAGAACAAAGUGGGAACCAAGGUUUACAACCAGGUCGCCUACGGCAACAACAACAGCACCGGGACCACCGGCAGGAAGAGACGCCUCAACAAGAACAGGCCGACAGAGAUUUCAGCCAAGAGACCAGCUCCGUUCCUCCGUCAGGUCGUCUCCGUCAGAAAACCAACGCUGAGAGAUCCUCGGUUUGACGACCUUUCCGGAGAAUACAAACCAGAGAUUUUCGAGAAAACGUACAAGUUCAUUAACGACAUCAAAGUCCGAGAGAAAGAGGUGAGAGGGCUACGGGAGCUCGGGCCGUUG